AUGGCUCCUCGUCAAGACGGAAUGAAUCCCCUUGUUUAUGGUCAUUCGACUGCUCGUCUGACUUCUACUAAAGGAGGGCAAUAUAGUUAUGGUGGUGGCUGCGGUGGUUUAGAAGGUGGCAUCAGCGGUUUUAGAGGUGUUUCUUAUUCUUACAUACGAAGUGACGUCCCUUUCAGUAAUAUAAACUUUGAGCCAAAGAAAAAGUCCAUCUUUAAUAAUAAUAACCCAAUGAUUUCGAAUCAAAUACGUAAGCGAACUAAACGUAGAACCAGGUUAAACUUGACCCAGCGUGCUACCACAAAGGAACGAAAACAUAAAGGAUCUCUUCAGGAAAGAGAUGAAAUAAGAGCUUUGAAAAAAGAAGCCAUCAUGUACGAAUUGAAAUGUCAAAUAAUUCAAGCCAAAUCCAGAGAAUUACAACGUAUUCUUUAUGAACAGGAUGAAGAGAUCCUUCGAAAGGAAAAAGAGGUGAGGGAUCUAAGGUCAAUUGAGAGAACAUUAAUAAAAUUCCUCGAAGAAUAUGAGAACCAACCAGUAGAUAUACAACAACCCGUACCAAAUAAUUUACAAAUUGCUGCUGCUCCUUCUGCAUUCAAAGACAAUAUAUACAGGAUAUAUGUAUUGUGCGCUGCUUUAUUAUCUUUUCUCUUGGUUCGAGUUGUUUCGCAUGGUUCCAUUGUGGUUAAUCGUGUGUGA